UCCUGGUUUUGCGUCUCCAUCCUUCUCUAAAUGCCUUAAUUCUUAAAACCCUACUUGCAAGUGCUUCCCGUAAAACCCUAACCACAGUUCUUCUCUCUCUAAAACAUGAUUAGAGGAGGCAGAAGCCAGGUUUCAUCACCUCCGGCCUUUUCCAAUGACGCGAAAAGACUCCUCGUUUGUACCGGCAACACCGUCUCCAUCUUCAGCACAUCCACUGGCUUACAGAUAACUUCGCUGGAGGGUCACACGGCGGAGGUUACGACGGUGAUUGUGGAGCCGGCAGCGAGUAAAGUAUUGUGUUAUUGUUGGACGGCGUCGCUGGAUGGGAGCAUUAAGUAUUGGGAUUUCUCUGUGCCGGAGUUGUUGAAGACUGUUGAUAUUAAAUUACCCAUUUUCUCUAUGGUAAUUCCAUCUUUGUUAGGCCAACCUACUGAGAGAAAUGAAAAGCAACAUAAUGUUUUUGCUUAUGUGUCUGUUGAAGAUACAAGAGAAAAAACAAAUCCGCGAAAAAAAAAGCAACCCAAACCCAAACCCAAACCCUUGCAUGGAAGAAUUUGCAAGUGUAACUUGACCAAGGCUUGUCUGGCUGGUGGAGUAACUUUAGCAGAGAUGAAAGUACCUGAGGUUAUAACCAUAAGUCCAUCAGGAAAAUAUUUUGGCAUCAGAAAACAUCACAAGGUUCUUAUAUGGAAGGUACCUGAUGUAGAAUCUGAGCGUGUGGUGAUGAGGAAGAUAACCCUGCGUCAUACAAAGAAGAUGACUGUUCUUGCUUUUCACCCAACACAAAGAAUUGUAGCUGCAGGUGAUGUGACUGGAAGAAUUCUGAUUUGGAGACGAUUUGGUGACAAAACAUUUGCUACAAGUGAAAGACUAGGAGAUGGAAAUAUGAUGGGCGGUGAUGAAGAAAGACCUGGGGUGAGGGAUAAUGAUGAUGCUGAUUCUUGCACCACAUGGCAUUGGCACCCUUCUCAAGUAAAUGUUCUAAAUUUCUCCUCUGAUGGAGCAUAUUUGUAUUCAGGAGGAAAGGAAGGAGUUCUUGUGGUUUGGCAGCUUGACACAGGGAAGAAGAAAUUUUUGCCACGAAUUGGAUCUCCUCUUUUAUAUUUUACAUAUUCGCCUGAUCCUUCACUUUCUUCUAUGUCUUGUGCAGAUAAUCAAAUUCAUCUGCUAAAAAUGCCUUCAAUGGAAAUUUUGAAGUCCAUUUCAGGGAUUAAGCUUGCUUGUUCACUACCUGAAGGAUAUGAAGCCUUAUGUAGUGGGAUUGCCUUCGAUCAAACUGCUGGAUUGGUUGCCUUGCGCACAGAGAAUUACUGCAUUCAGUUUUACAGUCUAUUGGAUGACCGUAGUAUCUCUGAGGUUCAAGUCUGUGAGAGAAACUAUCAACCUGGAGAUGAUGUAACGGUAGUAGUGACUUUAGUGGCUCUCUCCCAAGACAGCUCUAUGAUGGGUACUGCAGAAAUCAAGAUUGCUGAAGAUGGCAUAGGGGGUCUUGUUUGUCUCAAAUUUUGGGCCACUGGAUCUCAAAAUAAAGACUUCAGCUUGUCCACCAUUAUUUAUGAACCUCAUAGGGAUGCAGGCAUAUCAGCCAUUGCUUUCCAUCCUACCAGUCAAGUAGCUGUUAGCUCGUCUUAUGGUGGGGACUUCAAGGUUUGGGUCAACCAUGAUCAGUUUCAGCAGAAGGAUCCUAUGCUUCAAAAUUCAGGCUGGAGUUGCCAUGCUGUCGGAUCUUACAAGAAAAAGGCAAUGACGGCAGCUGCAUUUUCAGCCGAUGGUUCUGUUCUUGCUGUUGCAGCAGAAACUUUAAUUACAUUAUGGGACCCAGAUAAAAAUGUACUUGUUGCUGUAAUUGGAGAGACUCUCACGCCAAUUAUGAGCCUGUCGUUUGUUGGAAAGUCUGAGAAUCUUGUCGCUACAUCUCGGGGUGCAAAAUCACAACUCUCUGUUUGGAGUAUGUCACAGCUGUCUGCAUCUUGGUCAUAUAUGCUCCAGAUAGAAGCUGUAGCCAGUGCACAAGACACUUCAUCCUUUGCAGCUCUUGCUCUUCUUCCUGAAUCACUUAGGUGCAAGGGGUUAAAUGGAACAACAUUCCAAGGAAGAGAUGGGGUAAUCUUACUUUUUAAUGCAACAGAUCCUGUUCCGGUGGCUUCCUGGUCUGUGAGGAAGGCAAAGGGAGGUUCUCUUGCUUUUCUUCAAGUAAACCCAUCUUCUAUACAAGAGUAUAUUUCGGAUGGGAAACCACCUCAAACAUUGCUUGCCUAUAUAAACGCUGAUCACGAGUAUGUCCUCUUUGAUCCAUAUGGCAAAGAAACACAUGAACUUAGCGUGAUUCACCGGGAUGAUCUUCAGGCCUCUGAAGAAUCAGGGCAACAUGGUUAUGCAUCUAUUUAUGGGGAACUACCAGAGUUCCAGUUGAAUAAAAAACAGGCUAUAUGGACCCCAUUGGCCCCGACUGAAAAACCAUGGGAGACCAUUUUCAACGGAUCAUCACAUAAUCUUCCACCUCUCACCAAAUUAUGCUCAGUGUUUUUAGAGUCACUACUGGAAAAGCGGACUGGUGUCGUGGAGUGAGUCAAAGUGAGUAAGGCAGAUACCAGGACGGCCAGCCAGUGAUUUAGCACAUGUAUGAACUCCACAAAUCUACACAGAUGCUGGUAGCAGGAUUUAGCAGAAAAAGAUUGAAGAUAUGGUCAGUGAUUUAAAGAUGCAGCUGCUUUAAUAUUUAAGAGAGCCUUUUUUCUGGUUUUCAAAAUUUUGGUGGGGGAUUAUGUUCAAAAUUGUUAGCAGAGAGUUGUUAGCCGUGGCAUCAACAAAAAUAUUGGAGGAAGUUAAUUUUGCCUGUAGUCAAUUACAUAAUCAUCUAUUUAUACGCAUGGUUAAGGUGUGUUGUAUUACCUUUUAUUAAAAUUUUUUAAAUGUGAAAAUAUCUCUUGGAUGGUUUAUUAAA